AUGGACAAAUUUAUUAUUCGAAUUACAAAGGGAAAAACUCAACUUGAUUCAAAUUGUAAUCCAGAUGAACCGGCUCCUAUUGCUGAAAAUGAGUUCUCUCCCCCGACAAAAAAAUUAAAAUUGAAAAUGUCUUCUAUUGGAUCAACUGACUUAAAUCAAAAUCUAAAAAAUUCUGCUCCUGAUGAUACAUUAAUCCAGACAAAAGAACAGUGGCCAUCAGUUUGGUCAUUUGAUCAGUGGAUGGAAAAGAAAGGAAAAUAUCCAUGGCUGUUCUGUUCAAUCAUCCACCCAAAUAAAAAAAAUAAAUUAUCAAAUUUAAGAAAUAAAAUUAAAAGACAUGUCGAAUCUCAAGCUCAUGAAUAUGCAUUAACAAUAAAAAAAGAUAAAGAAUCACAGAGAUUAGUUAAAAACAUGGAAGCUGAAUGUUUUAAAAAUGAGAAAUCUACUGAACAUGUAUUUCGAACUGCAUACUUUAUCGCUAAAUACAAUAGGCCUUAUGAUGAUCAUCAAAAGCUUAUUGAGCUUCAAAAGGUUAAUGGCGUACAUUUAGGAUCUACACUUCAUUCGAGAUAUUCAAGUACUAGUAUUGUAAGCCAUAUUGCCUCUAAAAUGAGAGAACGAAUAGUGAAAAACAUAAUAGAAAGCGGGUCGAAGUUAGCUGUGUUAAUUGAUGAAUCUACUACUUUAAGUUCGGCAACUAGUAUGAUUGUUUACAUAAAAACAUCUAUUUCUAAUGAAGAACCUAUAUUUAUAUUUUUGGAUCUCAUUGAACUUUUUACUCAGAAUGCAGAAAACAUUGUAAAUCAAUUAUUGAAAUGUCUUCAUGAAUGUGGAUUUAAUGACAAUUUUCUAAAAGAAAAUUGGAUUUCCUUUGUUAGUGAUGGUGCUAGUGUAUUGCUUGGGAAAAAAAAUGGUGUUGCAAAACGUUUGAAAGAUAUUUACCCUCUUAUAUUCACCUGGCAUUGUCUAAAUCAUAGGCUAGAAUUAGCUGUUAAUGAUUCUGUCAAUGAUAUCACAUCAAUAAAUCAUUUUAAAGCAUUUUUAGAUAGCUUAUAUGCAUUGUACAACAGAUCUCCCAAGAAUCAAAAUGAAUUGAAAAAGGAAUGUGCAGAAUUAGAUGUUUUGUUUUUAAAAAUAGGUCGAGUAUUAACUGUUCGCUGGGUUGCCAGUAGUUUCCGAGCAGUCCAAGUUAUUUGGAAAACUUAUCCGGCUUUAUAUCAACAUUUAAGCACAGCUUCAAAAGAUGAUUCUAGAGAUACAAAGUCAAGGUCCAAGUAUUUAGGAUUAUGUAAACGUUUAGAAAGUAUUGAAUUUGUGUUGGAUUUAGCAUUGAUGUGUGAUGUCCUAUUGGAGCUAUCAAACUUGUCUAAAGAAUUACAACAAUGGUAG